UCUGUCGCUACUCGCCAUAGCCAAAGAUCAGAUCGAUUAAAUAGGGAAAAUUUUUUUUUUGCAAUAAUAUAGUUAAAAAUUGAAAUUAUUCCUUUAAAGUUUGUUAAUUAAUGUUUACUCGAGAAAAUUAAUACAGAAAUUUUAUUAUUAAAUAAAAAUUUAAAAUAUAAAUUCAUUUCAAAUAAUUUAUUGAUGUGUAAAAAGUUGAGAAAUACGAGUUUCGCAGUACGCAAACAAAAAAAGUUUUGAUAUUCUACUGGAGCAAAUCUCUAAAUUCAAAAUAUAAGUCCGCUAUCAAGUUGGACACAUUGGAUAGUAAUAUGCAGCAGGCUCAGCAAAUUCAACAGCAACCACAACAAAAUGUGGCAAAAAUAAAUGAUGUACAAUCUUCUGUCGGUUUACUGGAAUUGGCUCAUCGAGAAUAUCAAGCGGUUGAUUAUGAAAAUGCCGAAAAACAUUGUAUGCAACUUUGGCGGCAAGAUAGUAGCAACACUGGUGUGCUGUUAUUACUAUCAUCGAUCCACUUUCAAUGUCGUCGUUUAGAUAAAUCAGCGCAGUUCUCAACACUGGCUAUUAAACAAAAUCCACUGUUGGCAGAGGCUUACAGCAAUCUCGGAAAUGUAUAUAAAGAAAGAGGUCAAUUACAAGAAGCUUUGGAAAAUUAUCGUCAUGCUGUGCGAUUGAAACCAGAUUUUAUUGACGGAUAUAUUAAUUUGGCAGCAGCCUUAGUUGCUGCACGUGACAUGGAAUCAGCAGUACAAGCUUAUGUGACUGCAUUACAAUACAAUCCGGAUUUGUAUUGCGUACGAAGUGAUUUAGGAAAUUUAUUAAAAGCUUUGGGGAGAUUGGAAGAAGCAAAGGCCUGUUAUUUAAAAGCAAUUGAAACUUGUCCAGGUUUUGCUGUUGCAUGGAGUAAUUUGGGUUGUGUUUUUAAUGCUCAAGGGGAAAUUUGGUUAGCAAUACAUCAUUUUGAAAAAGCUGUAACAUUGGACCCUAAUUUUUUGGAUGCAUACAUAAAUUUAGGAAAUGUUUUGAAAGAAGCAAGGAUAUUUGAUCGGCUUGUAUUAGAUACAAAAUUAUGUCUAGAUGCAUAA